CGCCGCGGCGGCGUCUCAUUUUUAUAGCUUUAUUAUUUGCACCUUUUUCAUUUGCGCAAUUACUCUAUUUAACACCACCUCCAAUUCCCCCAUCUGUUCAUUCUCGCUGGCACUUUUUUUAACACAAACUCACACAAAGAAAACACUCGCACAGCAUAAUUUCACUCGCCGACGACAACACCAAGGACACUGAAAGCAUCAACAGCAUAGAACAAAAAGCAAACACUAUGAGCCACGUGUUUGCGAGUACGCGCGACGAGCAGUCAAAGCUGCUCGACGACGCUUUGCAGGCAGUCAAAGUGCAGGCGUUCCAGAUGAAGCGCUGCGUCGACAACGACCGGCUCAUGGACGGGCUGAAGCACUGCUCGACCAUGCUGAACGAGCUUCGCACCUCGGCGCUUACGCCCAAGAACUAUUACGAGCUGUACCUGGCGACUUUUGACGCGAUGCAGUAUCUCAUUGGUGCGCUACGCACGGCACACCUCUCGGGGCGCAACCACCUGGCCGACCUGUAUGAACUGGUGCAGUACGCUGGAAACAUCGUGCCGCGGCUCUAUCUGAUGAUUACCAUAGGCUCAGCCUACAUGAGCCUUGCCAGCACCAUUGCAGACCGAUCCCGCAGCAACGAAGUCUCUGCAGGCGCCGGCGGCUCGGACGAGGUUGUCCCCGUCCGCGAGGUCAUGCUGGACAUGCUGGAGAUGACGCGAGGCGUGCAGCACCCGACCCGCGGUCUGUUUUUGCGCUACUACCUUGGGCAGAUGACCAAGGACUACCUGCCACUUAACGGCAGCAGUGGCGAGGAUAGUCCCGAGGGCAGCCUGGAAGACUCAACGCACUUUAUUCUGACAAAUUUUGUCGAGAUGAACAAGCUGUGGGUCCGCCUGCAGCACCAGGGGCUGAGCCGCGACAAGGAGCGCCGUGAGGCUGAGCGCCGCGACCUGCGCACACUUGUUGGAUCGAAUCUGCUGCGCCUGGCAUCCCUCAGCGGCGUGCCGCGCUCGACGUAUGAAGAAAUCAUUUUGCCCAGGCUGCUUAGCCAGGUUGUCUCCUGCCGCGACACAUUGGCCCAGGAGUAUCUCAUGGAGGCUCUGGUGCAGGCUUUCAGCGAUGAGUGGCACUUGGCAACCAUCGGCCAGCUGAUGGAGUCCAUCUGUGCACUGAGCCCCAAGGUCAGCAUCAAAACCAUUGUCAUUCCUUUGGUUGAUCGCAUUGCGGCCUACGCUGCCCGCAGGCGCGAGGAGGUUGAGAAGAACCAGCCCGCUGGCUCCGAAAGCCCCGCCGGAAGCAGUGUAGCCCUGUCACCAAAGCCAGAUUCUGGAGAUGAUGCUGCUGUUGGGAGUAAGCAGGUUACACCCAACGCCACAAAUAGUGGUUCUGCAGGCUUGGGCAUAUCUGCGGCGUCAGAGCAAGGCAGCACCGAGACCACCGGCGAUGAUGAUGAAGAUGAAGGUGAGGCCAAUGACACUAACAACAGCGUAGACGAGAUCCAAGAGUCAGUUGCUGCCGCCAGUCUGGAAGAUAACGAUGUUAAUACCAAUAUUGAGACCCAGGAAGACGCUGCCCCAGCAGUCGGCCAGGACGCAGCCAACACCGGCGACGACGACGACAGCGAAGAAAAUAGCAGCCAGCGUAGCGCAAAGGCCAAGCCAAGCGACCUGGAAGCACUGGCAAAGCUGUUUGACUCGUUCUGGGACCACGUGGGUAACCUGAUCGAGGCACGGCCCGACCUCCCGCUUCAGGACGCGAUUGCCAUAUGCACGGCAAUGCUGCGGCUGUCGCUAUCGUGCAACCCGCAGCCGUCGGCGCCGGUGGAUAAUGUGCUGGCCUUUGUGCGCGCGCUGCCCCGGGCGCACGAGCUGGCGCCAGGCGUCCAAAACCCGGCCACAGCCAACCAGCUGCUGUCACUGUUGCUGGGCCCGCUGCGUGCCUACGCCAACCCGCUCAAGGUGUUGGAGCUGGCCAACUACGGCUCGCUGCUGGAGGCCCAGACCGAGCGCACGCGCAAGAGCGUGGCUGUCGCGCUACUGACCGCCAUUCUGCAGCGCAACACGACCAUGAGCACAAAGGACGAGGUAGCCGGCAUCACCCGUCUUUGCGCAUCGCUAAUCACAAAGUCAAGCGGCUCGCAGCUAGGCUCCCUGGGCGACUUGUCGGCCAACAAGGGUAAAUUGACUAACACAAGCUCUGGCGCUGCAGAGUCGUCAUACGCCAGUACGCCCCUAGACGAGGACGAUAUCGCCGAGGAGCAGGGCCUGCUGGCACGCCUAGUCCACCUUAUUCACGGGCCCGAUGUCAUCUCGCAGCUGACCCUGCUUACAGUUGUGCGCGACGCCUUCUCGCAGGGCGGCGACCUGGUCAGCUACACGUAUCCGGCGGUGGUUGCCGGCGCCGCCCGGCUGCUGGGGCCCUUCGCGGCAAUGCGGCCCGAUGCGGGCGCCGAGGCUGAGCACGCAGAAUGGCUCCGGCGAGUGCGGCAGCUGUGCCGGUUUAUCCAAGCGACCAUAUCCGUGCUGGUUGGGCGGUCGGCGACCUCGCUCCAGACGGCGGAGCUGGGCCUGCAGCUGUUCCUGAUGUCAGCCCAGGCCGCGUCAAUGUCGCCCGCGUUCCGCGACGAGCCGGCACUAGAGGAAGCGGCCUACGAGUUUAUCGUGCAAGCGUUCACCAUCUACGAGGAGCACAUCAACGAGAGCCGCGCGCAGUACCAGGCGCUGAUGCUCGUCAUCAACGCGCUGCACGCAAGCCGCAGCUUCUCGGCCGAAAACUACGAGACGCUGAUUGCCAAGUGCGUGCAGCACGGGUCGCGGCUGCUCAAGCGCGCCGACCAGACGCGCGUGGCGUACGCGUGCGCGCAGCUGUGGUGGAAGACGCUUCCCGAUUCGGAGCUCAUUCCACCGCCCGCCGCGCCGGGCCAGGACGAGGCUGAGGUUGAGCGCGCCCAUGAGGAGCGCGUCGAGCGCGAGCGGCGCGCCAUCGAGCGCCACAACAACGGCGACAACGUGCUGUCGCACCUGCAGCGGUCGCUCAAGGUGGCUGACUCGUGCAUGGACCCGGUCCUGUCUGUCAGACUGUUUGUUGAGCUGCUCAACCAGUUUACCAUGCACUACGAGCGGCGCUGCCUGACCGUCACGCCCAAGUACGUGAACGACCUGAUCGACCUGAUUCGCACGUCCAUCGCAAACAUGGAGGCCUUUGACACUUCGACACCUGAGCCCACGCGCGCGGCGACUGACGCGGGCGUGGCCGAUGUCAACGCACUCUACACCCCCAACGCGCCGAUGAACGCGUACGUACUGGGCUAUUUCCGCCGUACGCUGGACUACAUCCAGAGCCGCAAGGAGUUGGCGGCCUCGGGAGCAUACAACUUGCCUGACUUUUCGGGCAUCCGCUGCGAGGAGCCUGAGGAUGAACGUGAUGACUUUUAUUGAAGCCUCGCACGCUCAUUCUAAACCCAAUCCCAUCCUAGUUUACCGCAUGUGCACGCGCAUGUGCGUGCUGGUUUUUAUAGUCGAGUGAUAUGGAGAAUAUACAAGCCC